GAGAGAACAGCUAGGGAAGCCAUCCGUGGAUGAUUGCUUGCUUUAUCCGGUUGGACUUGAAAAGUGGCAGUGAGACACAAGCCAACCGGGGAUUUUGUAGACAUAAAAACACAACGUAAAUUUUAAGGAAAUUAGUUGGAUAUUUGAACUCUUAACAUUACAAUUUCGGAUAUCGUAUUGGAUUCAACAUUUCCCACCUUAGCCACGUAGGUAGCUGGCUAGCAUUGCUAGUCUCAGUAGUAGUCUGUCUCGCACAGGUAGAAUAACGUUAGCGGUCGGUGACAAAGGAGGGGUAAGGUGGCGAGGUAACGAUGAAUCGGUUUCGAAAGUGGCUUUACAAGCCUAAGAGGACGGACCCUCAGCUCCUGGCCCAGUUCUACUAUGCUGAUGAGGAGCUCAACCAAGUGGCCACAGAACUGGACAGCCUGGAUGGCAGGAAGGACCCUCAGAGGUGUACCCUGCUGGUCAACCAGUUCAGAUCCUGUCAGGACAAUGUGUUGAACAUUAUCAACCAGAUCAUGGAUGAAUGUAUCCCUGGUGACAGAGCCAACAGAGACUUCUGUGUCAAGUUCCCAGAGGAGAUUCGCCAUGACAACCUGGCAGGACAGCUGUGGUUUGGGGCUGAGUGUCUGGCUGCAGGCUCCAUCAUCAUGAACAGGGAGCUAGAGAGCAUGGCCAUGAGGCCUCUAGCCAAGGACCUGACCCGUAGUCUGGAGGAGGUCCGCAACAUCACGCGAGACCAGGCCCUCAGAGACCUCAACUUCUACACCGACCGCAUGAGGGACGCGCUGCGCCACUUCGACAGCCUCUUCGCUGAGUUUGAGCUCAGCUAUGUGUCAGCCAUGGUGCCUGUGAAGUCUUCCAAAGAAUACUAUGUUCAGCAGGAGGUGAUUGUGCUCUUCUGUGAGACUGUGGAGAGGGCACUCAAGCUGGGCUAUCUCAGCCAAGACAUGAUCGAUGACUAUGAACCCGCUCUGAUGUUUACCAUCCCCAGACUAGCCAUUGUGUGUGGUCUGGUGGUGUACUGUGAAGGUCCGCUUAACCUGGAUAGGAAACCAGAGGACAUGUCUGAGCUCCUCCGGCCUUUUCGCACUUUACUGAAGAAGAUCAGGGACCUGCUGCAGACCCUGUCAGAGGAGGAGUUGUUGACGCUGGAGCGUAGCCUUUGUAUCUCUCAGGACGGGGAGUUCCCUUUGGUCCCUGAGCGCCCCCCCACCCCAGCCCCCACCAUCACCCCAGACCCCCCCUCAUCCAGCAGCCCCACCAGCGACACCCCCGAGGGGGGGAGCGAGAAGGAGCAGCAGCAGGAGGUGCUGUCUCUGUGCAUUUCCCACAUCCAGGAGGAGGACCGGGAGUGGGAGGAGGUGAAGCGGGCGAAGGAGCAGGGUUCUCUGUGUGAGGAGGUGGAGGAGGCAGACCUGGCAUGCUCAAUGCAAUAUGAUGAGGAAGAGAUCGAACAGCUCAACAUGAUGGUGUACCGUGUGGGGGACGAGAUGUCCACGCUGCUGUCCCCUCCCAGCCAGGGCCAGUCCCCGGCCCACCGCCCCAACAGAGGGGGCUCCAGCGGGGGCUCCAGCACCGAAGCCUCCCCCCUCCGGGUCCUGGUGGGCCGGGGAAGAACAGGUCUCUACCAAGAGGAGGAGGACAGAGUCUUCUUCAUGGAGGACCUGGACGCAGGAGGGGACAUUGUGACCAGCAGCCGUCUGACCUCGCCUUCCAAAGCCCCUCAGCCCUGCAGGCCUGGCCCCCUGACAGACUCAACCAGGAAUGGCUGGCCCACUGACGCUCAGUCAGAUCCGUCCCAGCAGCCCCAAAACCUGCCCCCACAGUGCCCCAGCACCAAGCGACCCGGCCUGGAGCCCCUGCCCUACACUAAUGGCUGGGAGGUGGGCCUGGAGGGGGGCGAGACUGCUGAAGUCAUCGCACACCGUAUGGGAGGGAUGAAGCUCUCGGCCACAGUCAUCUUCAACCCCGGCUCCCCCAGCCUGACUGAGCUGGCUGUGGACAAGCUGCUCCUGCCCCACCCCCCCUCCUCCUCAGAGACAGAGCCCUGUGGCCCCCUGGUGGCCACCCACUGCCUGCUCAACUCCUGUGUCUGCUGCGGCAGCUGUGAAGAGGGCCAUGAUGACGCCCUCACCAUGGACACCACAGGGCUGGGGAUGGGCCUGGGGUUGGACAAACACUGCAAGCCCCCUCCGCCACACAGCCCUGUCAUCCAGUCCUCUGCCUGUCGCCUGGCCUCCUCAGGACACAACCUACAUGGGAAGGGGGACUCUCCCCCCCAGCUGAUGCCCCCCUCCUCCCGCUGCUCCUCAGAGCUUCCUCCAGGGGAGGAGGAAGGGGACCAGCGCUGUGACAAGUGCCAGGUGGUGGUGGCCCCAGGACAUCAGCAGGGCCUGGGCCAGGACAGCAGCCCCAAUGGAGUAAGGGGAGCCCCAGAGCCCUGUGUCCACCAGUGGAGGACAGUGAGGAGGCCUCAGGCCAGCAGGGGAAGGGACAGGGACAGGACGGGGACCAGAGAGGCAGACGGGGAGUCCAAGGAAGAGAGCAAGAACAACACUAGUUUUUUUCAGGACUCUCCUCUCAGCUCAGUCUCCAGUAGUGACUGUGAGAGUGUGUCUGUCACCACAUGUAGUCUGUCCAGCAGUGCUUAUACAGCCAGCCCUGUCAGCAGUCUGACCAUGAGCUCAGGGACGUCAGAGGAUCUGGACCACCAUGAGAUCCAGCUGGCCCUGCAGGCUGCUAAGAUGGCCACCAGGAACAAGAUCCGCUCGCGCUUCCACAGCAGCAGUGACCUCAUCCACCGCCUCUUCGUCUGCAUAUCGGGUGUUGCUGACCAACUGCAGACAAACUACGCGGCUGACCUUCGAAGCAUCCUGAAGACACUGUUUGAAGUCAUGGCUACCUCUGAGCAGGGGGACAAUGACAAGCAGAAAGCAGGUCCUGGGCUGCGCAGCGCCGUGCUGGAGGACUGUGCUCUCUGUCAGGAGACCAUCUCUUCCUCGGAGCUGGCAGCCAAGGCCCGGGAGGGACAGUUCGAAGAUCCCCCAGAUUGGGUUCCUGAUGAGGAAUGCGACUCCUGCAUCGCCUGUAAGGCCCCCUUCACCGUCAUCCGCAGGAAGCACCACUGUAGGAGCUGUGGCAAGAUCUUCUGCUCUCGCUGCUCCUCCCACUCAGCCCCGUUACCGCGGUACGGCCAGGUGAAGCCUGUCAGGGUGUGUACGCACUGCUACAUGUUCCACGUCACACCGUUCUACAGCGACAAGACUGGCAUCUGACCCCUGCUGUACCAACAGACUUCCCCACCUCCCUGCCCCUGCCUCUACAGGAGCAUAUCCAGAGGAUAUGAGGCUAUAUUCAAAGUAAAUCCCCAACUGCACAGAGCGACCUUAACGAUCAUCUUCAUCACACUGCACGGCAAGGCAAGGCUUUGUAAUAAGGUGGACAUGGAUGAGAGAGCAGAGAGAUUAAAUAAAGUCGGAUGUGAAGGCACAGACUAUGAUUAUACCCUUUCUGUUGUUGUUGAGAUGCUACUGCUGCCUGAAAGGGACCCACAGGGCCUGAUACUAUGCUGUCCUCCUCCUCUGACUCACUGAUGCCUGUCUGUGGAGGCAGAGGAAGAAGAAAGAAACAACAUACUGGAAAUAGGGUUUUGUGCUGGCAUGUUGCAAGGCUACUCUGGACAUGUCCAGUCCUUUAGGAGCAGCUUCUGGGGCUAUUUGAAGCUGAAAAGAGAGAGAAAGCCUUUGGAACAUUUCUGUUUUAUUGCUUGUGUAUAAAAAAAGCUUUAGCGGGCUUCCCACACUUGUGCCAGAGCUCUCACAGGGCUCCGAUUACUUUAAAGAAUGUAAGUCAUAAUAAACAUGUAAAUAAGGAUAAUUAUGUUGAUAGUGAUGAUGAUCUCCGCACCACUGAUCUCACUUGUUUGGCCACAAUGGUUGUAAAGGUUUUAAUUUGAGUUUGUCAUGUAAUUCCUGAUGCUUUAAGGAUGAGGAGGGGAAAGCAAUCCUCAUCAGGCUACCUAUCAGCGAAGCAAAAAAAAAAAGAAGACAUUUACUCCUAAAAUGGUUUUAUGUAUCGAUUCCUCCCACGGAAACGUGUGGAGUAUUCAGCAAUGCUUUAAACGGCAAUGAAUGUGUGAUAUCAUUUAAAGACAUGGGAUUUUGAUUUUAGCGACAGUGUCUCAAAAGGACACUAAAAGUUGUCUGCCCUUUUAAUAACAAUGUGGGCAGUGGCCAUUGCUCUUUCAGUCACAUGUCAUGUUUUUUUACGAUUGAUCUUGUUCCGUACCCACCCCAACCUUAACCUGUGUAACUCAUAACCUCCUACCACACAUAAUCAGCACCUACAGUAUCUGAUUGUUAGAAUCAUGGAGUGCAUAUCACCUGCUAGUUGGAGGUUCAUGAGGCUUCCCUCCCAUCAGUUGGUUAAGGCAGCAAUAUUAUUUCCCCCCCCCUCUGUAUAUUGUUGCCAAGCUCAUUUAUCUUAAGUAUAUUUGAACUCUCCCAAUGGUCACACUGAUAGCACACUUAUCUAGACAGCUGUCACUAGAACAGAGACAACCCUCUCCUACUACACUAAGCAGGUCAUUGGUGUACAUUCUCAUUAUCUUGGUUACAUACCAGCUGCUGUUGCGGAAACAUAUGUGAUCUGUAGUGAAAUCAGUUAGAAUAUGUUACAGAUAUAGUCUCAUACCAUUCCGUUGUUAAAUUUAAACUAGACUGUUUCAUUACAUCCUAACCUGGUUAUAUACAUCGUCUCCAUACCUCUCUGCACAAUGUAGUACUGUUCCCAGUUGAUAACCACUUCCUCUACUGUUACAUCAUCAUCAUCUUCUUGCUCCCUCCUCUAGUCAUCUCUGAUGCGGAGGGGAUGCUUCCCCAUCUGGGUUACAAUGGAGAAUGAGUUGAUGUGGGUAGAGGAAUGGCCAGUCUGACAUAACUGACUCAAACAACGAUGGCUUUCUACACUUCAAGGCCGCACCAGUUAUAUCAAAUCUGCGCUGACUUAUAAGCUAAUUCUCAGGCUUCAUCUAGUUUAGAUCACUCACUACUUCUACAAGUUUUAUUUUUAUUGAGGAAAAUAUAAAGACACUUUUAAGAGAUUAUGUAAUUUUAAUUUUAUAAAGAACAAAAUGAAAUUAUGUAAAUGUUUAAAUCUAUUACUCCUUUUUCUGUAUAAAGGAAUGAUGCAGUAAUUCAAGGACUGGAUAUCCUAUUACUUCAGAGCUUGUUCUUAUUUUGUAAAGGCUAGGCACAUUUCAAUAAUAAGAGCUAUGUGAAACAUUGGGAAAAACUGAAAUAAUAUGAUUUAGUUUUAAAUGUCAUGAAAAUUAAAUGACUUCCUCUUUGAA